CUUGUUCGUCUUGUUUUUCUGAUCCAAUUCUCUUCUUCUCUCUCUUUCUUCCACACGCGUGCGCUUGUUUGGAUUUCUUGAGAUACCACUCUGCUUCAUAUCAUACAAGAUGGGCCUCACCACCGAAGUACAGGACGGUACGACGCAACCGCAGUUGAGACAACCCAAUAAUCCCCUGAAUUUAGCAGCAUUGCCUUCGCUGCCCCUGUUCCUCGCGGCCAAGGAGCAUGCAGAGAAUCUCCCCGACCAGAUCGCUGUGGACGAUGCGACCAAGGGUCAACAGUUCACCUUCCGCCAACUGCUGGCUGAUACGGCCGCACUGAAGCGGCAUCUACUUGCGACGCUCUCACUUACGGAGACCGGAGACUUGGGGGAACGUCGGAUCGCUUUCCUGGUGCCUAAUGGCUACGAUUACGUGGUUACACAAUGGGCCAUCUGGGCCGCGGGCGGCGUCACUGUGCCACUCUGUACCUCGCAUCCGGUCAAAGAGCUUCUGUAUACGAUCGGGGACUCGGAUCCCUCGUUGAUCAUCCUGCAUCCCACCUUUGCCGGCACCCAGCAAGCUCUGGUAGAGGCGGGCCUCAACAACGAAAGCACACACCCAAUUCCCUUCAUGAGCCUCGCGCCUUUUCAGCAACAGAACGAGGCCCAGCUCGCAUCGCUCCCCCUGCCCGAGUUCUUCUCUCUGGACCCCGAACAGUGGGCCCUCACCCGCCGGGCGUUGAUGAUUUACACCUCCGGCACGACCGCCAACCCCAAGGGGUGCGUCACCACGCAUAAGAACAUCACCUUCCAGGCGCGAUCGCUCGUCGAGGCGUGGAAGUACUCCCCCUCGGACCGCCUCAUCCACGUGCUCCCCCUGCACCACGUCCACGGGAUCGUCAACGGGCUGGCCGCCUCUCUUCUCGCGGGCGUGACCGUGGAGAUGCACCCCAAGUUCGACCCGCAGGUGAUCUGGCGCCGCUGGACCGAGGGCGGCUCGACGAUGUUUUUCGCCGUGCCGACCAUCUACGCCCGGCUGGUCGACGACUUCGCGGCCCGCAUCCAGGGCACACCGCAGGAGGCGGGGGCGCGGGCCGGCGCCCAGGCCUUGCGGCUGAUCGUGAGCGGAUCCGCGGCGCUGCCGACGCCGAUCAAAAAGAAGUUCGCCGCGAUCACGGGGGGCCAGGUGCUCCUGGAGCGGUACGGGAUGACGGAAAUCGGCAUGGGGAUCAGUUGCGGGCUGCCGGUGGACCAGCGGAUUGACGGGAGCGUGGGAUGGCCGUUGCCCGGGGUGGAGGUGCGACUGACGGACAAGGAGACCGGACGGGUCAUCGAGGGGCCCGACGAGGACGGGAUGAUUGAGAUUCACGGGGACAACGUGUUCCGGGAGUAUUGGCGUCGUCCCGACGCCACGGCCAAGGAGUUCACGGCGGACGGAUGGUUCAAGACGGGUGAUGUGGCCCGGAGGGAUGCGCAGGGGGCGUACUUCAUCCAGGGGCGGGCGUCGGUGGAUCUGAUCAAGUCCGGCGGCUACAAGAUCUCCGCGCUGGAGGUGGAGCGCAAGAUGCUGGGCUUGGAGGCGAUUCAGGAGGUGGCGGUUGUAGGGUUGGCGGAUGAGGAAUGGGGACAGCGGGUGGCUGCUGUGGUCAAGCAACGACCUGGCACUGUGCCUCUCGAAUUGAGCAGUCUGCGUGCGCAGCUGAAGCAGGAGAUGGCCGCCUACAAGGUGCCGACGGUGCUGAAACUCGUCGACGCGAUUGAGCGCAAUGCCAUGGGCAAGGUAAACAAGAAGACGAUAGUGAAGAAGUACUGGCCGGAAUUGGCUGCAUAGCUUGCGAAGCUGGAAUUAGUAUAUUAUAUGAUACGUUAGAGCUCCUGGCAAUCCAAGCGUGAAUACUACUCGAAUGAGAUACAUUGAGCUUCAACGCGCUUACAGAUCAGGGAACGAUUAUUGAUCUGAGGGAAUUUGCGACAAGCCGAAUGCUACCUCUAUGCAUGUUCAUUAAUCGACUUCAUGGAAACUGGCAGGACUUUCUUCAUCUACCUCUCCCACAGGCAGGCGAAUACUUACAGUUCUU